GAAACGGCAAGAUCUCACCUCCGAUCUUGAUCCUUUAUUUCUAGGAUCAGACAGAAAGAAAUCGUCUCAUCUCUCUCGUUUCCGUUGAUUCUCCUCAGGUAUUCAAGUUUAUAUAUCCAUUUCUGGGUACCCCAAAAAAGCUCCCUUUUUUUAUUUUUUCUGGGGAUUUUUUGGUUUCUUAUCUUCCGGAUCUAUUUGGUAUCUUCCCCUGAGAUUUUGUUUUAGUUAUUAAUUAAAGUAUGACAUCGAAAGUUUUCCCAUUUUGAUCUUUUCUUGUUCCUCAAGACAGUAUCUUCUCUAAUUUGUUGACUUCUGGUGUUCUUAAACCCUAAUUCAUUUAUCUCUGUUUUUCGAUCAUUCGUUUUCCCAAAAUUCUGUGUUGGAGAAUUCUUAGUUUGUCUGCGUGAGAAAUCAUGGGUAGUGGGUGUAGCAAGAGGAAAGGUACUGAUGCAGCAGGACCGGUUCAACUCAAAAUUAAUGCACCAGAACGGAUGCCACAAGUUAGUGCUGAUGAUUCCAAGGUUGCGGAUGAUUUGAGCUCAUAUGAGGCGGCUUGUCGGGAUGAUCCAGAUUUGAAAACGUUUGACCGCUUGAUACAGGAUCGGACAAGCCGAGCCCUCAACUCACUGGCUACUGGUGCUGAGGUUCAAACCUUGUCAUUUGACUCACUGAAAGAGGUUAGUGGGUUUGUUUUUGCGAUGAACCUGGAUGUUGUCGAAGUCAUUCUAGCGUCGAAGGAAGAUAUAUGGAAAAGUAAAGAAUUGUCGACUUUGGUGAAGGAAUACUUAGAGAACAGCAUAAAGACGUUAGAGUUUUGUGGUGGCCUUGAGAAUUGCUUGAAACGUGCUCGAACGAACCAAUUGAUUAUUCAGCUUGCAGUUCAGAAGUUUGAGGAAGAAGUGAAGGUACAGGGUGAGGGUGAGGGUGAUGAAAGGAAAUUUGGGAAGACAUUGGAUGAAUUAAACAAAUUUAAAGCAGCGGAGAAGCCAUUUGAUGAGGAAUUCUUUAGACAGUUUCGGUCUGUGUAUGACCAGCAGCUCUCGUUGUUCAAGAAAUUGCAACAGCAGAAGAGGAAGGUGGAUAAGAAAUUGAAAAAGGCGAAAACAUGGAGGAAGCUGUCUAAUAUGUUGUUUGUUACUGUGCUUGUGUCUGUAGUGGUUUUCUCCGUGGUUGCUGCUGCCAUUGCAGCACCACCUGUAGUAACAGCUGUAGCUGGCGCCUUGAUAGUUCCUGUUGGUGGAGUGGGAAAAUGGUGUAGUUCGCUUUGGACUCGUUAUGAGAACAAAUUGAAAGGGCAGCAGGAGUUGAUUGGUUCAAUGGAGUUUGGUACUUACUACUUUACAAUUAAGGACAUGGAGACUAUAGGGGUGCUUGUAGGAAGAAUGGAAACUAAGAUCGAGUCACUUUUGUAUGGUGCUGAUUUUGCAGUUAGAGAACAAGAGGCAGUGAAGCUUGUUAUUGAUGAGAUGAAAAAGAAAUUGGAAGAGUUCAUGGAAACCAUUGAGGACUUGGGAAAACAAGCUGAUAAGUGUAGCAGGGAAAUAAGGAAGGCAAGAACAGUGAUUUUGCAAAAGAUUAUUGGACCUUCUUCCCAAUCAUCAACUUUAGAUUCCCUUUGGAACCGAUUAAAUUUGUAAUAUUGGAUAUGUAAUGUCAAUAAGAAAUGCCAACCCUACACCUUGUUGGGUUUGACCCUCUCUAUACUCUAAAAACAAUUGAAUUGUUGAGCUGAUCCUUCAUUGUUCUCUGAUUAUUAAUGUAAUAAAGGAGAAUAAUUCUG